AUGAUGCUGGUGAAAGAUAUCGAUAAACUAUCUUCCGAUCAUCUAUGGCAAAAUGAGGAUGAUGUAGAUGGUGUCGACAGCUUCAAUGGAGGACAAGAAUUAAUACAUCUUCUAUUUGGAAUCUUUCACUUGGACAUGCUUCAAAUAGGGAACAUUGAAACCAUCUUACAGGAUAUCAUAAAUGUCGUUAAUGAUGUAUUCAAAGCCUGGAACAUACAUUAUCCAUGGUCUUAUUAUAAUUCUGUCCAGUUAGAGAUAAAAUCGUUACCUAAUGGUACUAGAUAUGUAUUUGGUGACAUAUGUGUUCAAGAUAGCAUUGAAGAACAAGAAAGGUUGAUUAUUUCAUUAUUAUAUAAAGUUUCAGAUAAAUUAUCUGUGAAUAAUUUUAUUAGAAUCUGCGAUAAUUGGUUCGACCUUUUAAUUGCAGAAUCCAAUGAGUUUUUACCUCAGGAUUAUCAAAUCCCAAUUGCAUUUAAUAGAUUUUGGUUACAUGAAGGGAAACUUAAAGUAAUACCUAUUACCUUUUACUACAACCGUGGAUUGACUCCCGAUGAGGCUAUACAAUUUUUAACAAAAUCAUAUUUCAAUCUAAUACAAUUCGAGGGAAUAUCAGAAGCAAUAGACAGAAAUGUAUUAUCUGGGUAUCCAGAGAAAUAUUUAGAAAAUUUGGUUAAGCUUCCAGUUGUUUUCGAAGACAAAGAAAUUUAUCAAUUACUUGCAGAAAACCCCACUAUCAUUAGUUAUAUUGUUAGGCAGGUUCUUACAGAAGUAGAUAUUGCAAGUGUGGUAUCAAAAGAAGAUGCAAAUGGUGAAUUAUACUCACUAGAAGUAUUAAUACCUAAAACGCAUUUCCAGUUGUUAUCUGUGGCACUCGUGAAUAGCAAUGAAUGCUCACCAAUGAAUCUUCCUCUAUGUCAUGGUAGAAUAAUAUCUUACAUUCUACAUUCAUUAUUAGACAAGGGGAAAUUGAAAAAGUGCAAUUUGGAUAUAGAGAACCAAUAUAGGCAAGGAAAAAUAUUACCACCAUUUGAUGCAUUUAAUUUCAAAGAGGCAAACUUUACCGAUAAUGAACUCUCUUCAGAAGAUGAUAUUCGAAAUUCAAAUUUUGUUGAGAAGCUAACGAGUUAUAUUUCGCAAGUAACAGGCAAUCUUAAUGACUUAAAACUCAAUGAGGUAGAUACCAAUGAUGUAGAUGACCUAUUAGAUUCUUCAGUAACAGAAAAUGAAAAUAAAACCAACAAUAAUCAAUUUGGACUCGAUUCAUCUGUUAAAAAUAUGACUUUGAGUGAAGAGGAUUUUUUUGAAUUCUAUUUGAAAAAUGCAUUAAAUAUGAAAGAAGAUGACAUAGCGAACUGUUUAGCGGAUAACAAUGAAUUGAAACAGGAAAGUGAACAAAAUAUUACUUCCAAUGAGAUGUUAAAUAAUUCUGAAUUUGAUGACGAUGAUUAUGAUAAUGAAAUAGACACAGUUCUGAAGUCACUAGAUAUCAAAGAGGAUCAGAAUGAAUAUAUAAAGGGAUUAUUGGAAUCAAUGAUAGUAGACGGAAGACCAAAUGAAUUGAUAGAGAACUUUUUAAAUGUAAUGUUGCAAAAAAAAGAUAAUGAUGAAUAA